AUGGCUCAAGAAAGCAACCUGCGGGAACCCAAACGCUUCGUUACCACCCAUAAUCCCGCGGGCUUGGCCAUGUUUUCGAAUGCGUUGGCUGAGGAUGGUCUCAUGAUGGGGUUGAACUGCGAGGAGGACAUCAUCAAGACCUACAAGGGCGACCUUGAGAACGAUCCAGGCCUCACUAUAGGUAAUGGACAAGUACUGCGAUACGCUGACUUUGCGGUACGCGCUCUUCGGACUCUCCUCUUGACCUGCUAAAAGCGACAUGCGGGCUUCAAGCACGCUAUGCAUCGCACUGUAUCCAUCGACUACGGUGUUGUUCUAGAGGGCGAGAUAUAUUGCGUUCUGGACAGUGGCGAAUAGCGGCAUAUGAAAAGGGGUGAUGUUUGCGUUCAACGAUGGACUAUGCAUCUAUGGGAAAAUGCAAGCAACACAAAUUGGUGCCGCAUGAUAUUCGUACUGUCGAUGAGUGAGCCCUUGAUAGCCGGGGAAAAAAACCUUGAGCUGGACGUGGGCACUACGGCAGAGCAGUGAAGUCAAUA